AUGAAAGAAGUUAUCAACCUUGCUGGACCGACUGUUAAGAUCGUUGACAGUCAAAUCCCGGAGCCAAAUGAUGAUCAAAUCCUGAUCAAAGUUGUUGUGUCUGGGUCGAACCCAAAGGAUUGGAAGGCCCCAGAACUUGCAGCCUUAGGGGAUACUAGCAGUGGGCUCCUCCUGAAAAUUAGCAAUGGAGUGAAUCAGGGGGAUGACAUUGCUGGCUUUGUUGAUAAAGUCGGCUCGAACGUUGUGGAAUUUAAACCUGGGGACCGUGUCGCUGCUUUUCACGAAAUGUGCACACCCGGUGGCUCAUAUGCGGAAUAUGCGAUUGCUUGGAGACAUACGACCUUUCACCUUCCAAAAAACACGUCAUUUGAAGAAGCCGCAACGAUUCCUCUCGCCGCUUUGACUGCUGCCGUAUCUUUAUAUUCGCAUCAUCGCCUUCCCGCUCCAUGGGUCCCCGCUCUAAAGUCCAUGCCACUUAUUGUCUACGGCGCAAGCGCGGCGGUGGGAUCAUAUGCUAUUAAAUUAGCAUGUAAUAGCAAUAUCCAUCCGAUCAUCGCAGUCGCAGGAAAGGGAUCUCACUACGUGGAAAGACUUAUUGACCGGACCAAAGGUGACACAAUUGUUGACUAUCGCGGGGGGGUAGAGGCAACAGUCAAGGGUAUUAUGGACGGCCUUGAGUCAGCGGGCCAUUCUGUCGUGCGAAAUGCCGUUGAUGCUGCUAUUAACGUGCAGAGUAAAGAGGUGUUACGGCAAUCGGUUGCACCCGAUGGGCGGAUUGAUUUCAUAUUCCCUAAUGACUUUGAUGUAUCGCCUGCAGUCAAGUCAAUUACUCAUGUGGGAUCAGUUCACAAGGAGCCUGGAUAUGAAGAUAACGAAGAACUGGGCUUGGUCUUCUCGCGGUACUUUACCAAGGCUCUCCAAGACAAAAGUUUCUCGGGCCACCCUUACGAGAUCAGGCCGGGUGGUCUGGAGGGUGUCGAGGGAGCAUUGAAGGACUUGAAAGAUGGCAAAGCAAGUGCUGUUAAAUACGUCUUCCGCAUUGCCGACACCCCUGGAGUUGCGCAACAUCGAUAA